AGUCGUGCAUUUCACAGUAUGGCAGCGAUUUAUACAGUGUCUACAAUCGCCGAAGCCUGCGAGAACGACGCAAAUCCAACUGGCUCUCUCGUAGGGUGAUGGAUGACGUAAAGUUCCUACGUAAAUGGCGCAGUGGUGAUUCGGUUUUUGAUCCGCAGCUGCGGAAUAGGGAAUGGGAAUAGAAACGACGUAUCUUUUCAGGGGUAAAAAUUGGUCUGAAGGCUGGUAUUAAAACAACCAAUUUAUCGGGAACCGCUACUCCAGUAGCCCGAUUGGGAUCGGGAGUUGUCCGGUUGGUUGUCACAUAUGAUACACACAAUAUAAAAACAUUGUGUAGCGAUUUAUUUAUUCAACUUCACUGUAUGUCAGUGAGAAACAUUGUAUGGAUGAACCUCCCGGCACUCAUACAUGGCGUGAAGAGACAUCGGGCAGCGGAUAUUCUACAUAUCGACGACGUGUUGCAAUUUAUCGAAGAAUCAAGACCUUGAAUACCAUGGCAUAGUAAAUGGAGCGCGUGUCUGCACGGUUUUGACUCUAGGUUACGGUAUGAUCCAGCUGCGAAUCUUAUCUGAUUGCCUGGCCCGGAUUCCUGUGGAACCUUUCACUUGAAGUACAGUGGCUGGAUUCAUAGGGAAGUACGUGUGUGUUCUGCCAGCCACGGUUCAGCGCAAUAUUGUCGCUGCGGUAUUUUACAGGGUUUAUCCCUGGCAGAGCACUGGUCCAGGUCCGCGUUGAGGUGAGCUCGAGGUGGACAAGCGUAGGAUGGGAGAGCGAACAGAACAGAUGCAGUGGGUCUUGGCAAGGCAUCGUCACAAUACAGGGCAGUGAUGCCUGGUAUGGUGAUGUUUCGGCGGCGCUGGUCAGUUGGCAGUGAUGACCUAGUGCUGCCCGCCCUCUUCCUCUUUCUACUGCACUGCGUCUGGCUGGUGGUUUUGUCUGUGGUUCUGUUCGGCCUGCCCUAUGGCUCGGACCAGUCCUGCUCGGUCACCCUGGUGGACCAUGGCCGGGGGUACCUGGGUAUCUUGGUCAGCUGCCUGAUCUGUGAGAGCGCCAUCAUAUGGCUGAGUAUGAGAGGCAGCAUCCUCUACACACAGCCCAGAGAAGCUGUGCAGUAUGUCAUGUACAUACGACUAGCCAUCUUGUUGGUGGAGUUGGUAUAUGCAGUGGUGGGGAUCGCCUGGCUUUUCCAAUACUACCAACCGUGCUCUGAUGUCACUGCCAAGAACCUUGCUUUGGGGAUUGUGGUGUGCAAUUGGCUGGUGAUCUUCAGCGUGUGCUUCACCCUCAUGUGUACCUUUGACCCCACGGGACGCACCUUUGUCAAACUGAAAGCCACCCGGCGACGCCAACGCAACCUCACCACCUACACCCUCAGACACAGGCUAGAGGAGGGCCAAGCCAGCAGCUGGAGCAGGAGACUGAAGUUCUUCAUGUGCUGCACCCGAGCCCAGGACACACAGUCUGAUGCGUAUUCCGAGGUGGCCAGCCUGUUUGCAGAGUUCUUCAGAGAUCUGGACAUUGUGCCUAGUGACAUCAUAGCUGGCCUGGUGCUGCUUCGCCAGAGACAGAGGUCCAACAGAGGUGCCAUCCUGGACCAGGCCAACAAUGACAUUUUAGCCUUCUUAUCUGGAAUGCCUGUAACUCGCAACACCAAAUACCUGGACCUUAAGAACUCGACGGAGAUGGGCAUGUACAAGGAGGUGUGUUACUACAUGCUGUUUGCCCUGGCAGCGUACGGCUGGCCCAUGUACCUGAUAAGGAAGCCUGCGUGUGGGCUGUGCCGCCUGGCCAGCUCCUGUCACUGUACAUCAGGGUCUGGCUCUAGGCUGUCCCAGACAGUGACAGUGGAGGAGGAUAACUGCUGUGGCUGUAACGUCCUGGCUAUCCGCCGCCACUUCCUGGACAGAGAGCUGAAGCAGGUCCACGUUGUCUACACAUCCUGGCACGACGCGGUUUACGAGACACCUUUCUUUGUGGCUGUGGAUCAUGGGAAAAAGAAAGUUGUCAUCAGCAUUCGAGGAACCCUGUCCCCCAAAGAUGCACUGACUGAUCUCACAGGGGACUCUGAGCGUCUGCCAGUGGAGGAGCAGCAUGGAAACUGGCUGGGCCACAAGGGGAUGGUUUACUCAGCAGAGUACAUUAAGAAGAAACUGGAGCAGGAAAUGAUCUUGUCACAAGCCUUUGGGAGAGAUUUGGGUAAGGGAACCAUGCACUACGGGCUGGUGAUAGUUGGACACUCCCUUGGUGCCGGUACAGCAGCCAUCCUGUCCUUCCUACUCCGUCCCCAGUACCCCACACUGCAGUGCUACUCCUACUCUCCACCAGGUGGCCUUCUGAGUGAGGAUGCCAUGGAGUACUCCAAAGAGUUUGUCACCUCUGUCGUUUUGGGAAAGGACCUUGUCCCAAGGAUUGGUCUCUCUCAGUUGGAGGGGUUUCGGCGCCACCUGCUGGAAGUCUUACAGAAGAGCGACAAGCCAAAGUGGAGGAUCAUUGCAGGGGGCACUAAGUGCAUUCCUAAGUCCGAGCUGCCUGUGGACGACGGCCCCCAGCCCCAGGCAGCCCCCGUGCCCCCCAGCACCCGUCUCUGGCUGCACCCCAGUGAUCUCAGCAUCGCCCUGUCAGCCUCCACCCCCCUCUACCCCCCGGGCAAGGUCAUCCACGUGGUCCACAACCACCCCUCAGAGACAUGCUGUGGACAGGAGGAGCCCACCUACUCAGCUCUCUGGGGGGAUAACAAGUCUUUCAACGAGGUCAUCAUCUCCCCUGCCAUGCUAAACGAGCACAUGCCUCACAUGGUGAUGGAGGGACUCAACAAGGUGCUGGAGAACUAUAACAAGGGGAAGACAGCCCUGCUGUCGGCUGCUAAGGUAAUGGUGAGCCCAACCGAGGUGGACCUGAACCCAGAGACCAUCUUCAUGGCAGCCGCCCCGCCUCCUGCCUCCCAACAACCCACCCCAACCACCCAACACCGCAGGAACAGCAGUGUUCGUUCCUGUGCUCGCUCUGAGAUAUCCCUGGAUGGCUUUGCGGAGUGCCCCCCUCCCCCAGUGCCAGUGGUUCUGCGGGGGGCCAGGGAGCGCCUUACCGUGGAGCUGAGGGACCGCCACGCCCCCCUGGCCGUGAUGGAGAGCCUGUCAGACGCCGAGUCCCUCUACAGCCUGGACUCCCGACGCUCCUCAGCUGCACUCAGGGGCUCGCCCAUGCUGGGGUGCCUCCCCUUCCAACUGAAUGCACCUAUCCCUGAGGAGAACCCCUCUCUCAGCUCCCGCACUGAGCUGCUGGCUGCCGACUGCCUCUACCAGGCCACCCCAGAGCACGAGCUGGGAGAGGCAGGACCUUACUUCACUCCUCUGGGAUCCGGCUCCACCCCAGACUACCCCAUGCGCCUCUCCCCUUCCACCCCGCGCUAUAGUGGCCACCACUCCCCAGCACCACUGGCCCAGAGUGUCAUAGGUCAGCCUUUCACACAAAAAGAGCCUUGUGCCGCCCCUUGCUAUCAAAUGCCUGGCAUUUACAGCCCAGGCAGCACCCCUAAUGCUCCCCUCAGCCCACGCUUCAGCCAUGGGGAGGAGGAGGGAGUAGAGGCAGAAGGAUGGGAAACAGAGACAGGAGAGUCACAGCCCUCCUCCUCCACUCCUCCAGCCCAGCUGUCCAACGGCAACCCUAGCCAGGCAGUGCUGGAGUUUGCACAGUACCUGGACUCUCUCUUCAGGCUGGAUGGCAGUGGCUCACCGCCUCUGGAGUUGUCUGACGGGGAGUCCGAGUCCGGUCGGGGGUCGUAUGGUCAGGGAGAGGGGCCAGGGGAAGGACAGAGGGGGGACGAUACACAGCUUCUGGCUCGGGCCACAAUGGAGCCUAACCUGGUCCCCAAGCCCCCGCGUACCUUUGCUGGAUCUGCUGACCCUUCCUCUGGCAUCUCCCUCUCACCCUCAUUCCCUCUCUCUUCCUCUGGUGAGCUCAAUGACCUCUCUCCCGCCGACGGAGCACCUCUUCCCACGCACUCACUACGAACCUCCACUCCCUGUCCCUACCCUGAAGAAAACACACUGGCGUCUAUGGUAUAGUGGCCCACUCAGUCCCUCCAUGACUCUUUCUCUCUCCUCUUUCCUUAUUCCGUUGCUGCAUCUAUCUGAUGUUAAAGUAUCACUGAACAUGCAUGCGGAAUGCAAUCUGCUAUGCUGUUACAGUACCUUACAAAGACAUGACAUGGCAGACCAUAAUGAAUAAGACUGAGAUGAAAAACCAUUUUCAGGUGUCAAAAGCUGUGUAAAGCAUUUUCACUACUAUUGUAAUAAUACAUUUUAAUCUCUGUCUGCAUGCCAGGGGCCUGUUCUGCUUUGGGGUGAAAAGCCUCACCACUGACUGUCAUUCCAACACACACUAUCUCACUCACAUCAACACAUGGUAGCAUUACAGCCCUGCAGUGACGUGACUUUAUCAAAUGGGAGACAACUGAACAGGGGUAGGGAGGAGUUAGACACUAGGUGGGGUUUUCAUUGGCACAUAACCACAAUUAACUUACCCUCCUCCCUCAUCAGCUCCUAAAGCUUAUUCAUCUUUAAUAUCAGGAAAGUAAAAAAACGGAGACAGAUGCUGAACAAUAGAAAGGAGAGAGAGAAGACGUUUUGUUUCUCAGGUCUAUCAGGAAAUGACAGUGUGGAAGAGAAGGAGUGUAGAUCAUAGAGAAUUGAUGUGUCUUAAAACUGUGAUUGUGACAAAUGUUAAGAAUGUGGUUUUGGUCUUUGGUCUUUUAUAGCAUGAGGAACAUAGUAUCCAUUUUAACAGAAAUCACUCGUCAGUCAGCAACUCUUUCUAACAUAUUCCUGUUCAAACGGUGUUAAAACGCCCUGGCGAGGAUGAGGAAGCUAUCCCUACACCACUGCCAUGGCACAAAUCUCCAAAAACAUGUCUCUCUCCAAGUGUUUGUACCAAGCCAAUUAUGCUAUAUAAAAAAAACAUGAGAUGCACUGUAGGAGAUUGUUCCUCUUAAAGGGGUCUUGCUGAGGUACACAAUUAUGUCAAUGACUUCUAAGUCUUUGGUUCCCUUUAAACUGGUUCAUCUCAAGCAUAUUGGGGUUGAACUGGAUGGGUUGUAGUGCCCACUUUCACUACAUUUUACUAAAACAUGUGGCAAACAUAUUUCAUAUCAGUUGUAUUAGUUGGAUCAAACACUACAUUAUUUAUUACUGUUGUUUCUUACUAUUAUUGAUGUUAUUAUUAUCCUUAUUAUUACUCUUGUAACAGUUUGGUUUGCGUUCUAUGAGUUUGCUUUCAGUUGCUGGGAAAGGCUGGUGAAUUUCAGCCAACUCUCUCAAAAUAAGGGAAUAUCUCUGUGGGAAAAUAUCUCUGUCCAAGUGAAAAAGUACUGGGUGUCAACAUCACAGGAGGUUGGUGGCACCUUAAUUGGGGAGGACGAGCUCGUGGUAAUAGCUGGAGCGGAAUUAGCGGAAUGGUAUCAAAAACAUGGUUUCUAUGUGUUUGAUUCCAUUCGCUCUGUUCCAGCCAUUAUUAUGAGCCGUUCUCCCCUCAGCAGCCUCCACUAGCUGCCAUGGUGAUGGCAGAAAGACAGAUUCUAUAAUAGGAAGUGGGGUCAUUACAGUGACCUCUGAUACAAUACAUCCAUUAUGAAGGGGUCACUGUGGUGACCUAUAGAAGCUUUACUCUUAGAAAUGGCUUUGCUGUGGUGUCACUCAACAGGCCUCACUCUGUGGCCAGAUUACAGUUUGACACCACACAAAUCCAUGCUCUCACAGCAGUCUCUACUUUGCCAACACAGUGUUGAACAACCAGUGUGAAAUAGCUUUGCUGCAGUGGGUCAUGGCCCAGUGUCGGCUAUAUCAGCACCACCAUAGGAAGAUGCCACAUUCUCUUUUCACCAUGACAUGUACAGCAGUGUCUUCUUUGUCCUUAUUUAAAUGCAGAUGUCAUGUUUCCUGUCUUUGUAAAAAAAAAAGAUUAAAUGAAAAUAGAAUAACGUAGAAAAUGACUGUAUUACGGUAACAGGUAUAUUACAAAUCUAUAUCAAUAUUGACAUAUAUAGAAAAAGUACAAAUGUAUGGAGAAAAAAAAGGAAUAUAUUUAGUGAGAAAGAUCUAUAUGACAGAUUGGCAGAAUUGAACAAAAUUGAUAACUGAUUUAGAAAUUGGUCUGUGUUGACAGAUAAAUAAUUCAAUGAUGUCUUGUCCAUGUUUACCUGGUUUGCUCUCUUCCCUUCCUGUCCCAGAUUGAGAAUGUAUUUAACCCCACCACCCCUCACUGCCCUGCCUGUAAUGGAAUAAAGCAAAACCAAUUUUAAAGAAAA